GCAAAAUAAUUUUUUAUGGAUAUUUAAUUGAAAUCCGAUAAACACUGUGGUUAUAGUUUCCUCUAUGAAGCCACUGCGUUAACCACCGACGACCUUCCUGGAGGCUGCACAACACAAGUCUGGAUAUCUGGAGGUUCUGAAAAUAUCUGUUUGUGUUGGGAACCUGACCAGCUGGUGUUUUGAACCAACUGCGUGAGUGUGUCACAAGGAUACCUGCAGGUGGGUAUAUAUACUGGGUGUGGCCGCUGCUACCGCAUAUUCUCCUCCAUCAUCAUCAUGGCAGCCUUCUGGUGGUCAGCUGUGUGUGUCUGUCUGUUGGUGACCGUUGACCUAUGUGUGGCAACAGGUAUGGGGGCUGGGGGGGAGGAGAACCCCGUGGGCGACAACUACUUAACCCUGACGCUGGACUGGGCCAUGAGCUGGGGAGUCUGGGGCCCUAAGGCCUACUGUCCUACAGGAACCUACGCCUACGGCUUCAACAUCAAGGUAGAGUCAGAGGGCGCUUCUGACGACACAUCCAUAAACGGCAUCAUGUUGUACUGCCGCGCCCCGGGUGAUGUCGGCCAUGACGGUAUCUCGCCUAAGGUGGACGCUGGGGAAUACACCAUCACCUCCACCGUCCAGCGGUGGGGAGACUGGCGGGGUAAGCGUGAGUGUUAUGAGGGGUUCCUGACGGGCCUAAAAAUGAAGAGCGAGGAAGACCAGGGGCUCUUCGAGGACGACACAGCUGCCAAUGACCUGGAGAUGCAGUGUAACUGGAGCACCGAGACCCUGAACGGCGGCGGCAACCACUGGGGACACUGGAGUGACUAUGCUGAUUGUCCUGAUGGUUGGGUAAUAUGUGGCAUCGAGACCCGCGUCGAGGCUGAAACUGCUUCAGAUGACACAGCUCUGAACGACGUGCGCAUGUUUUGUUGUGACACGACCUCUUAGAUGACCUCACAACCCCCGGAAUGACCUCCACAUCCCGAUGUUUUGUUGCAGAAAACUCAAAGACUUCAUCACCACCAUCAGCCACAAGUAACCUCUAUCACCAGCAGCUUUAGAGGAUAAUUCAGCUACAGCAGGAGAAGUCUAGGCUGUAACCUUCCUCUUCUGUCAUCAACCACUAACUAAGAGUUGUCUAGACGACAAGAAGGGAAAGUAAAUGGCCUCAGAGAUUACUUUUGGCUUUAUUUUUCUCUUUAAAAGUGAUAUUGGAGAUUUUCACCACUAAUCCAAUAAUUACUCGAUCUCUCUUGAGAAAGCCGCAAUGAAGUUUCUCUGAGAGCUCACUUUGGGUAUAAACUUUCUUCAUUUUGAUAUAUUAGUCGGUUUGUAGCCUCGACGACUUCCAAGUCCUUGUAACCUCCACAGCGGGUUUCUGGUUCUCUUUAGUCUUAUUACUGGGGCUGUAAGUAGGUUCAUAUUCGCCCGUCCUCCGCCACCACUACGUUGUGACCUGCCUGGUGAAUCUUUUGUUCCUCUUGGCAGUCUAUUUUAGGAAGUGGCAACUGCCAUCCUGUAAAAUCGAUCCCGAGGUUACCAAACCCUGAAACAUGAACAGUUGAGGCAAAAUCAGUUGUUACUAAAAACGACAUUGUUAUAGUUUUAAGAGCUUGUAAACUAUGUAGUUUAUAAUACCGAAGGUUUUAACUGUCCUCCAUUCUUCAAAUAAAUUUGGAGUCUAAUGAA